AUGACGGAUGCGGCGUCCGAGGACCCUCGGCGCGGGGUUUCGACCGCCGGGGUCCAUCCCGCGGCGGAGAUGAUCGCGCGGGAGGAGCGGCGCGAACCUCCCGGAGGAGCGGGCGCGACGAAGGAGCACGGGGAUUCCAACGAAGAUGUACGGACGGCGACGCACUCGGAGGAGGACGAGCGCUCCGACGGUCGCUCGGGAGGAUCCCUCGGCGACGACGAGGACGACGACGUCGACGACAACGGCGACGACGACGGUUCGAACUCCCCGGACUUCGAGUUUCCCGCCGCGAGCGCCGCCGCCGCGGUCGCGCCCGUCGCCGAAGGAAUCCCACCCGCGACGUCAGUGCCAAAUCCAAAUCCAAAUCCCCCAGAAGAGUCGGCACCCUCGGAGUCCGCCCCACGAACCGACCACCCCGGCACCCUGGCACGACUCCAACGCCUCGCCGCGGUCGCGACGGGCGAACUCGCGAACCUGCGCGACGAACUCGCGCACGAGCGCGCGCGUGUGCGCGAGUACGCCGCGAAAUUGACGGAGCUCCGGCGCUCGACUCGAACCAUGGGAGAGACGGCGCAAGCGAAGGCGCUCGCCGCCACGAACGCCAUUAACGCCGCGGUGAACGCCAGGGACGUCGCCGAGGCGGCGUUGAGGACGAUGGGGGCGGAGGUGGAGGCGGCGAAGUUGGCCAACGAGCUCGUGAGGGCAGCCGAAGAACGCGCGAAGAUGGCGGAGGAUCGCGCGAUCGCCGCCGAGUCGAGAGCCGCGACGGCGGAGGCGAGAGCCGUCCGCGCCGAGGCGGACGCGGAGAGGGCCGCGUGCGAGGUGCGAGUCGCGCGACGUGAGGUAAGUUCGAUGCCUAAGCUCGAUACCGACGAGGUUCGUGCUUUGGUCCGAGCAGCGGAGGAAAGAGCCGCAGACGCCGAGGAACGCGCGGCUCGCGCCGAGGCGUCGACGGCGUCGGCUCGUAGCGCGCUUCUCGAGUCGAACGACGCGGUCGCCAGGUUGGAGGCUCGGCUGGCGAAGUGUCGCGCGGACGCGGUCCAGCGUGCGGGGCGGGAGGGUCGUCGCGACUUCAACCGGGGCCCCGGGGCGGACCGAGGCGACGGCUGCGGUCGUUCGCCGGGGGAUGAGAAAACGUUCGCGAGCUCCGGAGUGGACGAGGAAAAGCGCGGUCGGGCCGAGCGACGCGACGCGCUCGUCCGCGCGCUCGACGCGACGCGGGGGCGAUUGCGAGAGUUGCAGCUGAGGGACGCCGGCGGCGACGGCGGCGCUUUGAGCCGUUUCAAAAUGAGCCGUUUCCGCGACGUCUCAACGCCGACGCCGACGAAAAAAAAGGCGCCGGAUCCGACGGACCGGUUCCGGCCUUCGCCGCAAAAGGUGCGCCCGGGGACUGACUGA